AUGUCGUCUUCACGUACUAUAGACGAUGUGGAACGACAAGCCGCCCAGGAAAGCCCACAAGAGACAUCGUCCGUUUCAGAUCAAAAAAGAUCAAGAAUGACACCCUUCUUCGGGCUUGGUUCCGAUAUACCUUCUAGAAGCAGUGGGUGUCUUUUAGAUCGAACAGCACAAUACUGCUUUCUUUGUCUUCAGGGGAAGAAACUUGGACAGUACGCAGUUCGAGUACCCUGCUUCCGUCCUACAAAGGAACGCCGAGUCAUACGCCGCCGGCGAGUGACUAAGGGCGAAGGUGCGCAAUCAGAGAAGGUGACCUAUGAGAAACUUGACCCAAAAGAAAACGCCUGUGAAAAUGACGCUGCGAUCUACCAAAGAUUGAAUGACGUUUGUUUCCAAUAUCAGGGUAAAUGGAAAAGAUGGAUUCCGUUCUAUGGUGUCGUUGAUGUAUAUGAAGUUGAGUUUUGGUUGCUCGGAGAUCCGGAAGGAGCUGGGCCGAUCCCUGUCCACAUAUACCCGGUCAAUGUUGAGGAGAUUCGCAAAAGGACAGACCGAAUAAUUGCAUUAGAACCUGAUCACAACUUUGACGAUCAUUGUGACGACCAAGGUGGGCAUAGCGAAGAUUGCGAGAAUAUGAUGGACGCACUCAACAAGCCCUGUAUCAAAGAUCAAAUUCGGAUGGCCAAGCAACGAAUGAAGAAACUUGAUAGUCUCUAUCUCCUAAAAGAUUGUGCGCGUAAGCCACAGAAAGCUAUUGGGCUACGGACUUUGGAAGGCAUGGUGCAAGAGAGUUGCAUCUAUAAUAUCAAACAGAUUACAGUUCCUGGACGCCAACAAUAUUAUCACCAAACUGAUAAGCUACGUGGUAUAGAAUUCGUUAUGGGAUGGCAAAUCGAUCGUAUCAUUUAUGAAAUGCCAGUUAAGAUAGCUUGGAUCUGGUUUAGCCUCACCAUAACGUGGCUUUGUGUUAUUGUUUGGGGUGGCUUAGCUGGGGACUGGUCUACUGCAAUGGCGUUUGGACAGCUUCUUGUUGCCUUCAUAUCCCUGAUAUUCUUGUGUGCUAAGGAUUAA